AGUUGAGACUGUCUGAAAGCUCUGGGAUCUGAAUGUGUGCUAUAUUUCAGUGAAAAGAGAAGAGAGGAAGAGUGGAUCUCUUUCUCUCCCAGGAGUUUAAACGAGGGGGGGGGGGACAGUUCACGUUAAUCUCUCCCACUCUGUGAGUGUCUCUGCUUCUCUCUCUCCCCCCACCUUUCAACACACUCUGGGGGUUGCCUGGUUUGGGGGCUUUUGUUUGUUUUCUGUUGCAGAUCAAGAUCAACUAAAAAAAAUAUUCCAUGUUAAAAACGUGUUCGCAUUAUACUAGUAUCAGAAGAAGCUGCGAUCUUUGGAAGGAAAAAGAGAGAGAGGGGAAGCGAGGCAGAAAAGUAGUCCUCUCCGAUGGUGCCACUGUUUGAUCUGUGACUCUCUGGAAGGUGGAGGAGUGACUGACAUUUCCCAUCCGGUGUUAUCUGUAUGUAUGGGGGCUUUACUCCUCUUUUUUUUUUUACUGUUUGCUUUCUUGCUCAGACUAAGUGAUGGGAGGAGAAGGGAAGACCGGAUCGACCUCGUUUUCUGCACAAUGAAAAAGCUAUUAUCGGCGCGAUAAAAACCACCAUCGCCAAAAUCCACGAGCUUUUCUGAAACAAGCCAGAGAGCGAGAAAGUUGCGCUUUGAGACUCUUUGAUCUUGGAGAAAGGCUUGCGCGCGGAGCGGAGCGGGGGGGGGGGGAGUGGAGGCGAGUGAAGCGGAGGAAGAGCGCCUGAAUCCACCACCAUCUCCUCGUUUGCUGUGUUUUGCUCCACUCUCUGCCAAGGCGAAGAAGCAGAAGAAGUAAUCAAGGAAGGGUGGAGGGAAGAAGAAGAAGGGGCAAAGGAGGAGGAGGAGGAGGAGGAAAAAAGACCGGAUCAAGCAAACGGAUUUGAGCUGCACGUCGCCGGAGCGAGCCAGCCUCUUCAUCUUGUCCAUCUCCCUGCCGCUUGCAUCUUCGACGGAGGGACCCGAGGCGCGAGGGAAGAGCGAGCAAGCGAGCGAGAGCUUUGUUUUGCGUAUCGAAGUAACUUUUCCCCCCCUUCCUCCAAAAAAAGAAGAAAAGAAGCCGCUGAAAAGACGGGAGGAGGAGGAGGGCGAGAAGGGUGUGUGCGCGCGCCUGUGUGUGGACGGGGGGAUCGGAAGGUCAGAAACCAACCUUGUCAAUGAAAACAUUGCCUCAGCGAGUUUUUGGAGCGGCGGCGGCGGCAACUGGCAUCACCGUGCCCAGCCUGGGGGCCGCCGCAUCCCACCACCAAGCCCACCACCGCCGUCACCUGCCCCCGCUCGGCAGCCUCUGCUCCUCCGCGGCGCCGCGAGGAGCUGCCCGGAGAGAAGGACGCGAGGGGAGCCUCCAGCGCCGAGCGGAGACCCCGCGCAAACUUUUUUUUGCCCCCUCCCUCCUUCCCUUCCCCACCUUGCACUCUCCCCUGAGCGGAACCCGAAGUUGAGGGAGCCCGUGUGCCGGACCCCCACCUCCCUCCCCCUUCCUCCCCUCCAUCCUUCUCCCUCCCUCCCCCCCUUUUAUUAGUGUUUUGUGUAUGUUUGUUUCUGCAUGAAAAGAGUGGGGAUUGCAAGAGUCCUGUGCGGAAACUCUCCAGCGGCGGCGGCGGCGGCGGAGGGAGGAGGAGGAGGAGGAGGCGGCGGUGGUGGCGGCGGAGGAGGAGGAGGAGGGCGGCUGAAGAGACGGCGGCAACACCAGCAUGCCGAGGAGAAAGCAGCAAGCUCCCCGGCGCUCUGCAGGUAACCCCCCGCCUCCCGCCCGCCUCCCCGCAGCCCCUCGCUCGCACUUUCCCACUCGGCCGCCGCUCUCCUCAGUCCGACCCGGAGAGGGGAGGGGUUAGUGUGGAGCUCAGCGAGGCCUGCAGCGCAGAUUUCCAACUCUCUCUUUUCUCUUUCCACCCCACCGGUCUACCUAUGGAAAGAGGUUAAAUUAGGCCUUGAAUGUCUUCGGGAGAGUCUUCCUGUCUCAAUAAAGGGCGGGCGGAGAAAGGGGGGGGCACGUUCUUGGGGUUGGUGGGUUGCAGGCAACAUUUCUUGAGGAGAAGGCUUGGUCUUAGUUUGCACUUCCCGGCAGGCAAAGGUGGAAGCCAGAAAGAGCAGCCUCUUGAGGUGUGUCACUCCGAUCCUGGGUUUUUUUUUUUAAUUUUAAAAAAGCUUCCCCAUCCUCUUUGGCUUGGUGCUGCCAGCGCAUUUGGCUCUGGAAACUUCAUUUUGUCACAUUGGCUGGUUGGCUGCCUGUUGGGGCACUGGGAAGGGGGAGUUAGGGAGAAUGCAUCUUGGGCUCUGUUUGUCCAGUGUGUUGCAGAGGUGUGUAGUGUGUGUGUGUGUGUGUACGUACAAGUGAUGGCUUGCUUUCAAAGUGUGUCAGAUGAGCUGCUCAGGCCAAACCUGACACUUGCAGAGCAACAAAAUGGGAUACAAGGAGGGAGCUGGCCAGUGCAGUUUGCUGGAAAAAACAGCAGCCUUUAAUGUCAUGUUGGAGAGGCUUUUUUUAUUACCUCUAAAG